UUUCCUGGCUUCGGCGAUCCUCUGCUGCUGUCGUGCAACGCGGCCGGCAUGAUGUGUGCCACGAGCGGCUACAAGUGCUACUCCUACAACUCCUCCUCCGUCCACAACUGUUCCUGCGAUUCCACCCCCCCUGCGUGCACCAAAUGGAAUGCGCCGGUGCCCCGGUCGUGCACGGACCCGACAACCAUUCCUUGUGUGCCCGGCGUCUGCCUCGUCACUGGCGUCUCCUUCCAAGGCUGCUCCUGCCCCAAGGGAUUCUUCCAAACCGCCACCCCUGCUGGCUCCCCUUACUGCGCUCCCG